CAGUCGCGGACAAUCAGCGGUAUCGAGAGGAGAAUCUCAGUGAAUGGCCGGGCGGCACCGACUCUUGCUUAAAUAAUGAGUGCCUAUGAUGCUCGAUAUGACAAGGCGAGUUAUCGGUGCCUUUAAAUAACCAAUGGCUACCCUGUUCCCGCGGCGAUCGGUCCUUUGGAGCGGAACAAGCUCGCUCACCUACAGAGCUUGACGGGGUUCGCCACCUCUACAUGAAAACGUGCAUGGUAUUUGCUUUCACUAUUGGCGUUUGUGACGACGACCCGUCUAAUAUACUUUGGCACAAACACUUUUAUGGUUUCACUGAAUUCUUUUCUAUACAUAAACGAAUUGUUCAAGACUUAUUUUGUCAUGGAACGUUGGUGCAAUAAGGUAGCCGUUGUUAGCGGUGCAAGCGCUGGAAUUGGUGCAGCUUGUUGCAAAGCUUUAGCUUCAGCUGGUAUGGUAGUUGUUGGCCUGGCCAGAAGGCAAGAACGAAUUGCCCGACUUCGUGAUGAACUUCCCCCAGAAGUAGGGAAAAAUCUGCACGCUAUUCAUUGUGAUAUAACGCAAGAGGAGAAUGUAACCAAAGUAUUUGAGUGGACACAAAAGGAAUUAGGUGGCUGCGAUGUUCUAAUUAAUAACGCAGGAAUCAUAGCAACAGCCCUUCUAUCCAAUCGUAACAAUACGAAGGCCAUACGUGAAACCAUCGAUACAAAUUUAUUGGGUACAGUAUUUUGUACAAGAGAAGCCUUUCAUUCAAUGGCCACAUAUAAAAAUGGGAAUGGUCAUAUCGUAAUUGUGAACAGCGUAGCAGGACUGCAAGUUCCUAACCUGGGACCUGACCUGCCUUCUUUAAACAUUUACCCAGCGACUAAGUUUGCGUUACGGGCCAUGAAUGAAAUUUAUCGUCAGGAAUUUCAGAGGCGUAAAACUCAAGUAAGAGUAACGACAAUAAGCCCGGGAGUUGUAAAUACGGACAUAUUACCCAACGAAAUCCAAACUGUGGUGAAACAAUUUAUGCCAAUGCUAAAGGCGGGAGAAGUAGCUGAUGCUGUAUUAUGGGCCUUGGAAACUCCACCAAAUGUUCAGGUUCACAACAUCACCAUUAAACCCAUGGGUGAGAAAUUUUAAAACGGCAACAACGACCAUUAUUGCUACAGUAACAUUUUUACUGUUUGCCGUUGUAGCGUCAUAUGCUCCAUUAAGUUUCAAACAAAAAUAUCGUCUCUAUACUGUUGCUACCUCCAAAAAUACCUACCAAAGAUGCAAAAUUGCUGUUAAGAAUAUAAAAGCGAGCUUCAAAUUCUUGUUGCAUGCAGGUGCAAAACAAAACCUAAAAAAACAAAUUUUGAGUUACUAUGAUUAUUAUUUUCUGAAAGUCCAUUCAAAUUCUAGAUAACACUGCGACCAACGGAUCUAUUUACAAAAUUUGCAAGUAUCUAACUGUGGAAUGAAGGAUACUGAUGUCAUCUGAUAUUUGAUUAUUUUUUCAGUUACAUAUUUUGAUACGUUUCUUUAAAUUUAAAUUAAAUGCUGUUUUCUUUAUAUGGCCAGACAAAAAAUUCUAGUUAAUGUUUUUAUUUAAAAAAAUGUUUAUACGAACUUUCAGUGAAAUCAAAUAAUGUAUCAUGAAGAAACAAUGGCUUAAACAAUAGAUAAACUUUACGUAAAAUAUAUCAAUGGAGUUAGAGAAUAAACACCACUCAUUAUUACAACAAACAUA